AUGGUUACAUCUUUUACAACCGGCGGUAUUAUUGGUAUUUCAUUAUGUGUUAUUAGUCUUUUAUUACAUUUAAUCGCUUAUUUCACUCCACAUUGGAAAGAAGUAGUACCAAAUUCAAAUGCCUUGUACGUUGAUGGUGUUGAUGCUUUAAUUCGUGGAGAAGUUUUACAUUAUUUUAACGCUGUUCAUCGUUAUACAAAACAUUCAUACGGGAUAUUUCAACGUUGUGAACGUUUAUUAAAUAAUAUAAAUUUGACUAUUAGUUUAUUAUCUGAAAAAGAGCAUCAAUCAUGUACAAAAAAUUAUCUACCAUCUUAUCAAGAUAUUAAUUUUAACGAAUGUCAUAGUUUAGAAUAUUAUCAAUUUUGUACUAAAGCUAAUAAAAAAAUAUUCGAUAUUCAAAAUCAUUAUCUAUUACAAAAGUUUGCCAUUGAUAAUUUAAAAUAUUCAAAAGAAAAUCAACAGAAAUCAGCGUUGUUAUGUAAUUGUAGAUAUCCAAGGUACGCGUUAACAUGUCGAUAUUUAUCAGCUAUUACUAUAAUAUUUAUUCUAUUGACUAUUAUUUUUUACACAUGGGUUGCGUUAUCUAAUAAAAAAAUGAACAUAAAAAAACUUAUUGGUGCUAUAUCAUCAUUUUGUUCCAUUAUUUUUCUGAUGUUAAAUUUAAUUGUAAUGAAUAAUUAUUUGAAAUUUGAACCAUUAGAAUAUUUGGUGGCCAUUGAAAAACAUUAUCGAGCAAAACAAAUAUAUAAAUUCAGUGAAGAUAUGAAAAUAACUAUGCAGAGAUUUCAUUCCUCUGUUACCAUUAAAAAUGGGUAUUCAAUGGCAUUAGAAUGGACUGCGUUUUGUUUAACAAUUAUUACCGCAAUUAUUCUAUUAAUUACGACUAAAAAGUCAGAUCAUAAACCAAAUACACAUAUUUCUAAUGACAUUGAAUCACGGAAUAAACAACACUUAGACGGUGUUCGAGAUCAAUCAUCAUUAGACGCAAUGUUGACAACAAAUAGUUCACAAGAAAGAUUCAGAAUAAAACGAUACGAUGAGGAAGUAUAA